UGAUACAUGUAGUUGGUAAAACUUAAUUCCUAAUUAUACAUUAUUUUAUUCAUAUCUGUACUUUCCUGUUUGCAUUUUAAUAAUGAUAAUCCAUGUAAUUACGGACGUAAAUUGACAGAUCUAUAUUCACGUCUUUGAUGUUAUUCGUGUAUAUUCCAGUCGCUCUGUAUUUAGCUAUUCAAGCUUAGAGAUUGAAUACAAAUACUAAAGUAUUGAAGCCGGUCUUUUUCAAGUACGAAAAUAGUGGGUAACUGGUUUAAAAUACCUUGCGGAUUUGCACUUUAAUUACUAUACAAACUUGGAUAUAUGAUAUAGCUAUGCACUUUCUGUUUAUGGUUUUUGUAUUGCUCCAUGGGAAUAAUUUCACCAUGACAGUUAUUUGUGAAUUCAUUUCCGCAGAAUGAAGUGUAACAGUGUAUAUCAGUGUGUGGAAAGAAAGAUUGGAGGAAUCUUUGCUAAGUAUGGCCGAUUUGUCGCUGCGCAUGCGUGGAAAAUUCUUAUUGUUUCCAUUCUUGUCAAUGGAGGACUAGGAAUCGGGAUGAUGAAGUUGGAAUUAGACAACGACGCGUCUAAUUACCUCCCUUCAGGAACACAAGCGGAAGAAGAUGAAAAAAGAAUCGAAGGAUUAUUUCCGGAUCUUGAUUAUUCAAAUUUUGAUUCGCUUCGACUCAUAUAUGGUGGUCCGUGGGUGCGGCUGAUAGUCAGAAGUAAAAGUGGUAAUUUGUUGACCAGACAGAUGUUAGAACAGGUCCAGUCGCUGACAAAUGCCAUACAAAAUAUCACCGCAGAUGACGGAUAUGGACAGACCGUUACGUUUACCGACGUAUGUGCUAAGAUAAAUGGGCAUUGUGCAGUUGGUGGUCAGUUGUUUGUAGAAGAGGAGUUCCUUUCAGCAGUAGAUAUAGACACUGUUACCUACCCAGAAUUCAACACAUCUACCAGAGGAAUGGUGUAUUAUGCACCUAGAUUGGGAGGAAAGAUAGAAUUCGAUGCCAGUGGGAAAUACUUAAAACGUAUGGAGUUCAUACGGCUAGAGAUAAUGAUCCCGUUUUGGGGCAGAGACGAAUGGGUAUGUAAACUCAACCAGUUCUCUAACUGCCAUCUGAAUAUGCAAUUGUUAUUUCAAAUCAAGGUAAUUAAUCAUAAUAGCAAAGUUUUUACAUUUUUCUGAUGUACAAAGGAAAGGAAGUUUGAAUUCAUUAGCCAUGACGUUCAUAUUGUCAAUGUUAUUGAUCAUCUUUAUUACCUUUGCUCGUCUUCGUAUCGUUUUGUUAUACACACCCGCUCCCCAAAGAAAACGACGGCUUUAGAUAUAUUUAGAUCUACUGUAAGUGUACAAGAUGACUCAGUCAGUUCCCAAAGUACAGUAAAAUGGCAUUGGUUUAAACAGAUUUUACAAAGGACUGCAUCAUAUCUCUAAUCUAUAUGUAUAGAGGGAGUUUCAAAGUGUUGAAGCAAAGUAUAGUACAGUAAAAUGGUGUAAAAAUACUUCAGAAAAUGGGAAAAGCAUGAAACUUGGUACAUAACUACUUU